AUGUAUUUUUUUACUCUUAUACUAUUUUUGUACACUUAUUACAUCUUUGCUACGGAACAACAGCAUUUAUUAGAUGUUGAUUCUCAACCAUUUUUAGUCGCAGAAAAUUUAACAUUCGAAGAAAGUACAUUAUGUCAGAGAAAACAACUAGAUUCUAGUGAAAUACAAAAUUUAAAAUUUUUAAUAAAAGAUUUAUUUUCUAAGAAUGAAGAAAAAAUUAAUAAUUUAUUAAAUAUCUGUAGUAGUAAAUUUGAUAUUAAUAAGUCUUUGGAUCGUCAAAGUGAAAAAUUGGAGUUACAUCUAAAAAAUAAAUUUGAUAUUUUGGAAGAAAAAAAUUUGGAAAGACAUUGUGAAUUGAGAAACGAGCUAUCAACAAUCAUUUCUAGUACUAUUGAAACUGAAAUAAAAAAGAAUAUAUCGGCCGUUACAAAUCUACAAACUGGUUUUUUUGAUUUUUUCAACAAAAAACUAUUACCUUCACUAGUUUCAGAAGCAAUUGUUGUCACUUUACAUGAUUUAAAUGAAAAUUUAUUCUCUAGCAUAAGAGAAUUUUUGAAUGAUAGCGAAGGACGAAUAGUUAAAGAUUUAAAAUCUUACAUUAAAUCUAAGGAAAAUAAAAGCCUGACGAAAGAAAUAAUGGUAAGGAUGAUUUUAGAAAAUUUAAAACAUGAUAAAAAAAUGCAUUUGCUUUUAUAUCUAUUAAAUAAGAAAGAGAAAACAUCUGCUUCACCAUGUAAAGAAGAUGAAUUAUCUUUUAACUAA